UUCCUUAGAUGGGCGGAUUUGUAGCGCCUCGGUUGACAUUGUUGUUGUUGUGGGAGUAGGAAUGUAGUUAGUCGUCAAGUCUUUCCAAGACCAGAAGUGAGACGUAUUUUUUCCAACUAUACAAACCUGAACAACAAAUCACCCCAGAGGAGGACAACGCCGUGACGAUUUUCAGCGAGCAGAAAGAGCGCAAGAGAGAAAUGAGAGAGAAAUUCCGCGAGGCCGCUCGAGGUGUGGCCAAAACGUUGCUUUUGCAGUAGGGGAGAAUUUUCUCCAUUUUUUUCUCUGUCCUGAUGUCCCCGUCUGCACUGUAAAUUCAUGAUCACAUGACUUUGGAUAUGGACGCAGUCCUGUCCGACUUUGUCCGUUCUACUGGAGCUGAACCUGGACUGGCCAGAGACCUGCUUGAGGGCAAGAACUGGGACCUCACAGCUGCCCUGAGUGACUUUGAGCAGCUGAGACAAGUUCACGCCGGUAACCUGUCAUGCACCUUUACAGAGGACAGAGAUUACCCAAGCAUUGAAAAGGAGAUGGCCCGAACACCACGUCCGCUCUUGCAUCGCCAGGAUGACGUCGUGCAAGCAGCCACAGAGAAGAGACUUUCAAGAGGGAUUUCUCACGCCAGCUCCACCAUCGUCUCUCUGGCCCGUUCGCAUGUAUCCAGUACGAGUGGCGUCAACGAGCCUCUGCUAGACACGCCGCUCUGCACCUUCCAGCUGCCCGAUCUCACCAUCUAUAGAGAUGACUUUCGCGGCUUUAUCGAGAGAGAUCUUAUCGAGCAGUCGAUGAUGGUGGCAUUGGAGCAGGCUGGGCGACUUAACUGGUGGACUCGUUUGGGUACUGGCAGUCAGAGCUUAUUGCCUCUGGCUACUAGUGGAGACGGGAACUGUCUGUUACAUGCAGCCUCUUUGGGUAUGUGGGGCUUCCAUGAUCGAGACCUGAUGCUGCGUAAAUCUCUCUAUGCACUGAUGGAUCAUGGGCAGGAGCGGGAGGCUUUAAAACGCAGAUGGAGAUGGCAACAAACCAUGCAGAACAAAGAGUCGGGUUUGGUGUACACAGAAGAGGAAUGGCAGAAGGAGUGGAACGAACUGUUGAAGCUGGCAUCCAGCGAACCCAGAAUACACUACAGUACCAAUGGCACCAAUGGCGGCGAGUCACAAGAAGAGCCUGUUUACGAGAGUCUAGAGGAGUUUCACGUGUUCGUUCUGGCCCAUGUGCUCCACAGGCCCAUAGUGGUGGUGGCCGACACAAUGCUGCGGGACUCUGGAGGAGAAGCCUUUGCACCAAUCCCAUUUGGAGGGAUUUACCUUCCUCUGGAAGUAGCUGCCAACAAGUGUCAUCGCUCCCCUCUUGUUCUGGCUUACGACCAGGCACAUUUCUCCGCCCUAGUUUCAAUGGAGCAAAAGGACAGUUCAAAAGAACAAGUGGUGAUCCCUCUGACGGACUCGGAUCAUAAGAUGUUGCCUUUGCACUUUGCUGUGGAUCCCGGGGCAGAUUGGGAAUGGGGAAAAGAUGACAAUGACAAUGUGAUGUUAGCAAGUGUAACUUUAUCUCUGGAGGCCAAGCUCCAUCUGCUGCACAGCUACCUGACUGUGACUUGGCUUCCUCUGCCCUUUGAGGUACAGCAGGCCCCACUGGCUCAACCAGAGUCACCUACAGCAUCCGCGGGUGAGGAUGCUCGCACCCCGCCAGACUCCGGAGAGUCCGAUAAGGAGUCCGUCAGCAGCAGUUCCAAUGGAAACGGAGACGGUAGUGCAGGCGGAACCAGUGGAACAACUGGCAAAACCAGUGGUGGAUCUUCAAGUUCCUCAAGCUCGUCCAGUAACAGCUCGGCAGGGAUGACCGGCACAUUGGGCAAGGAGAAAGGCAAAAAAGACAAAGAAAAAGAUAAGGACAAGAAACGGGCAGACUCGGUUGCCAACAAGCUGGGUAGCUUUGGCAAGAGCCUGGGCAGUAAGCUGAAGAAGAAUGUAGGAGGUCUGAUGACAGGAAAAAAUGCAAGUGGGACUGGAGGCAAACAGGAUGGCCAGGAAAAGAAGAAAGGCUCACUGAGAGGUAGUAAGGGGAGUAAGGAGAGCUGUCCCUCAAAUCAGACCGGCUCUGAGGACUCCGGAAAAGGUUCGCCGUCCUCGAACAGCGAGCGGCAAAACGGAAACUGCUCAUCGGAAAGUGACACUUAUAAAUACAGCUCGGACGUGAAGGUGAGUCUCAGCAUUCUCCGAUCCGCUAUGCAAGGCGAAAGGAAGUACAUCUUUGCCGCAGCACUCGCUACAAGCAACCGGCAGCCGUUCCAAGAAGAGAUGAUCCAGCGAUACCUGUUGGACGCAGAGGAGCGUUUCCAUGCAGAGCAGGAACAACGGAGAGAAGCUGAACGGAAGGCACCGGGUGGUCUCGCACCAACCCCCGGAUCCCAGUUGAAAAAAGACGGGCCGGAUCUAUGUUACAGAAGUUAUGAAACCAAGGAAGAAGCUACUGACAACUCUGCUCCUACCUUCACUAUAAAGCCCUCUGCUUUCACCCCAUUAAUGUACUCCGGUGUGGUUCCCAUUCCCAGGCCCACCAUCAUUGAUCACACACUUCCCCAGCAUAUGCACAUGCACGGUUACAUGGAUACGCGACGGCAACUAGCGGGAGGCUCGCCUUCCUCUUACCCCGGCCUGCCGUCUUACGCCACGCUCCCGCGCCACUGCCCCUUGGCGCAGGGCCCUCCACAUAUCCAAUACCAACCACCCCACGCCACUUUGGCUAGCCCGUCCCGUAUCAACCCCUGCUUGACGUCUUUUUCCCACGAACAUGAGCCUGCCGAUUACCCACCUGAAACGACAGGAGGAGGGUACACGAAUGGCUUGCGGGACUUUCGGUCUACAUUGGACAGUCGCAAUGGCCCAAUGCCCGUCAGGCAUUAUUCCUUAGGCAGCGCAGGAGGCCUGGCCAACCUGCCGUCCAGCAAAUGCCGAACGCCUACCUGCAAUUUCUACGGCCACCCGGAGACAGGCAACUACUGCUCGUGCUGCUACAGAGAGGAGUUGAAGAGGAGGGAAACAGAUCCAGCCAUCCAUAGGUUUUGAAUGGAAAGUCUGUUCUCCUAAAGGACUAUGUGAGCGACAUCAUAUCCUCUUUGCCCGGAUCUUGUCUUAACACGAGAGUUCCCGGGAGGACUAUGAUGAUUCGCCAUGGAAAUGGGACUGCUGUUGUGUUACGUUUGCUGUGGCUCAUAGGCAGGUGUUUCAAGCUCUGCCGGUCGUGGUCAUCCUCGUACACGUCUCCCCCUAGUGGCAAGCAUGCAGAGCGCAGGCAACGUGCAAAGAACAAAUGCAUAGCAUACCCCCAAAAAUACACGUUGAGCAAAACCAGAAAAUGCGUAUUGUGUAAAAUAGACGAUAAGAAAUGGGAUUGUGCUGCAAUCGAUAUACGACUUGCCAUGUUAAUGUUAUCCACAUUAGCCCAGCUUUACUUUAAUGCUCUGUUACUUUAUUCUGCAAUUUUAAAGCUAUACCUGGCUUAAAUUAGACGUACUCUGAUGUGCUACCUUCUUUAAGAUUCAACUUUUUAACGUAAGGAGCUGAACCUUGACAGCCAAAGGUUCUCAGUCACCAUUCACACAUGUUUUAAAAUGUGUCCCAGCCUAAUAUUAACUCACUUCAUAUGCCCCAUUUUUCAUAAAUGGUACAUUGUGCUGUCUUUACGCUAACGCUAAUUGAUUAGCUCUAGUAAAAAAGGUACUUGCAGGUCAAAGAGGGCUAAUGUUGAAAACAUUUUCCAACAUUGUGAAAGUAAGUUUACCAAAUUAAUUAAACAUUAUUUCUGGGUUAACAUUGGGGUGUGCUAUCCUCAAAUUCACUGGAUUUAUAUUUCACGAUUAUAUCGCCUCAGUUACUCGGGAGCAGUCGGUGAUGUCGCUGCACAAAAUCAAGCACUUUUCUAACGUCCCAAUGUUAUGCGUGUACAGGUGUGGGCCUUAGACGUGACCGUGACAGACUGUUAUGUUUCUGUGCUCGCGUUGGACAGCAGCAUCACUCGUGUAGACUGUGCGGAGGUCAGGGUUUGACUUUCGGUGCCACUGUGUCGUUCGCAGGUUCACCUCUUUCCUAGUUGCCUUUUUAGUCUUAGUUCAGUCCUCCGGACCAGGGGAUCGUUGAACUGAAUUUAUACUUUUGGGUUGUCUGUGCUUGUGGAUGCAGAGGAUACUCGCAUGUCCUCCGGUAUAUAAACUUUAUGAUGCGCUGUGCGUCUAGAUUUUAUCAACGUAUCCUUUCGAAACCAAGUAGAGACGGUUAAAGCCAGCUAGUCGUAUUAAAGGGUUAGGUCACCUAAAAUGAACAGUCAUUAUUUAUUUACCCUCAUUUACCAAGUCCAUGAUCGUCCUGGGCAUUUCCACACAAAUAUUUAAAUGUUGAGCUCCAAAAAAAACAGUUGUGCACUAUUAAGUUUCAGACUUUUUUUUAUAAAUCAUUAUUUACUUUCAGACCCGUUCUUUAGAUCCUACAAUACCGUGCACGAGUCUUUUGAACAAGUUUUAAUACUUUUAUGUUGCUGCUUUUUCAAGCUUUGGUCCGUAUCGACUUUCAUUAUAUGCCCUAAUAAAUAUGCACAGAAACUCACGUUUUGUGAUCCACAGAAAAACUUUUUUGCAAGUUUUAAAGGGCAUGAGGUGGAAUGAAUAAAGACAAAUUUUUCAUUCUUGUACUGUCCCUUUAAAUUCUCAUCGCUCAUGUGAAAUGGGCUGUUAUUAUACUGUAAGAGGAUGUUUUCAUCUUCAUUUGAAUAGCUGAUGUGUAACUAGUGUACCGUAGUGGUAGUAAAGCUAAUAAAACCCCCACUUCUAAAACACAGUGUAAUUGGUCAUGCAAAUGUUCAUAUAACCGCGUCACUUAUGAAAAUUAACAUUUGAAUGCACGGUUAAUAUGCACAGUUCAUGUGCCAGGAUAGAAGUAUCUUCUUCAGUAAAUUAAUAUACUUUUCAUUUGGCGCCCCCUGCAUUUCUCGUUUUAGGUUUUUCAUUCACUCUACACUGAAAAAAAAAUUUCAAGAAAAAAAUUCUUAGUAUUUUUGUCUUGUUUUCAGUGUAAAUAUUUAAACAAAUUCUUAAAUUAAGAUGCUUUUUCUUGAUGAGCAAAUAAGGAAAUAAGGCUAGUUUUUAGACCAAAAAUAUUAAAUUUAAGUGAUUUUGUGGAUAAAACAAGCAAAAAAUCUGCCAAUUUUUCUUUUAGUGUUUAAGAAAAAUGUUCAAGAUUUUUUUGCUUACCCCAUUUUUUUUUUAUUGUUUUAUGCACAAAAUCACUCAAAUUAUUUUUGAUCUAAAAAUAGACUUAUUUUUUUGGGUCGUUUUGCUCAUCAAGAAAAAGCAUGUUAAUUUAAUAAUUUUUUUGAUAUUUUUACUGAAAACAAGACAAAAAUACUAAGAAUUUUUUUUCUUGAAAAUCAUUUUUUGCAGUGUAUUGACAAAUUACAUAUUAAAGCUCAUUUAUUUAUUACCUUUUGACAAAGUUUUGCAAAAAUUUAACUUGAAGUGUUGAUGGAUAGGAUUAUUUUGACGUUAUCCCCUCUACUAACCAAUAGAUGGCGCACUUGUUAAGGUUUCUUCUGGCAACGAUCAUCUCUAUUUCUAUCAUAGCAAGACAUCCUUGUGACCUCGUGAGACUGACAGCUUUUAAUUUCACAGUGUAGGGAAGGGACAAAGAGGACGCUGCUGCUUUUGGAUGAAUAAAGUACUUUUUUUUGUUUAUUUUGGUCAAGCACAUUUGAAUAUAUUUAAUGCAAGCAAAUAAGUCGAUGUAAUUUAACAAUUAUGCCUUGAGUAAGGCAUAUAACAUUCACCCUGACAUCAGAUUUCCACUUUGCUAAUUCGCAAAAAAAGGAAUUCAGCGCACGUUUUUGUGUGUUUACUGUUUGUGUGUGUGCGUGUGUGUGUGUGUGCGUCCGGUAAAUAUAUUGCAGCUUCAAGGCACAAACCGAGAGGAACUUGUCACCGAAAUGACAAGCUUGGUUGUAAUGUACCGUAGCUUUGGUUCGGAUCCAUUUAUUUAACGAAUGGAGAAGUCGUUCAAGCCACCUUGAGCGUUGGACUUCAAUAAGAUUGCAGUCAUUUCUGUGUUUAGAAAUGAAAAAUGUUGUAUAAAUACGUUCAAGUUAUUUUUGUAAAUCAAAAGCAGUUUUCCAGUGUUUUUUAAAGAUACGAAUGUAUGCUGUAGGACAGUAAACCAAGUUGAAGUCAAUUGAAUCGAUGGUGGAGUCAGUAUUUUGGGGCGUAGGUUGACCAAGAGAAGCUUCUUAAAAUGUGAGAGUUUCUUGUGAACAAACUCAUUUCUCCAUCGAGAUGGUAUGAUUUAAAUAUAUAUAUAUUUGUAGUAAGAUUUUUCAAACGUUUGGGAAGUUUAGUUCUGCAACUAAGAUGUUCUUUCUUAAAUGGCAAGUUGUCAGACAGACGGGCCGCCCUAAAUUGCCUAAUUUCUAUUUUUAAAGCUUAAUCACAGUUUAGUUUUUUUUAUGAUGGUGAUAUCCACCUUCGGUUUUCACACACUAAAUCCUUUUAUUUAAUACAGUGGGCUUUGUUUCUUUGUAGCUUACUUACUAUUUUUAUAUGGUAUGUUUUCAUGGAUGUGACAGAGUUACAGUCAACAGCACAUUCGAAGUUGCAUGAGACUGAAACUGUUGCAUGUACAGAACUGACAGAUGCAAUUUACUAAGUCAUAUUUGUGCAUUACUUCUGGCGAAUCGGGCAGUUUGUGGUUCUCUUCAGCUGUAUUUUAUUUGAACUUUUCUCCUUGUUUGAGGGGUGACCCCAGGCUGUGUGACAGUGCAAUCUAGGUGGAAAGAACAUCUGAUUUUUAUGUUAGUUUUUAUUUUAUUUCUCUUACUUUUUGCACCGUUUUAAUAAAAUUCUCAUUGUAUUUAAACACA